UCCAACACUCGCACUGCUAUUUUGUCGUUUCCUCUCUCUCUCUCUCUCUCUAUCUACUUCUACGAUCGACGCCUCCAAGUCGACGCCACCACGCACUGCGACACGCCGGGGACAUGGCGCCGCCUUUCUACCCAAUCCUCUUCCUCCUCGGAUUCCUCCUGAACCCUCCGCCCGCCUCUUGCUCAUGCACUGCAUCCGACCGCCUCUUCAUCGCCAAGGCUUUCCGCUAUAUCUCCGGUUUCCGACUCCCCUCUCCCAACGCCACCGCAGCCCCCGGCGGCGGCGGCGGCGGCGGCGGCGGCUGCUCCCUUCUCCUCCCUUCCAAAAACCUCACAGGUACCAUCUCCUGGGCCUACCUCCGCAACGUCUCGGCCCUUCGCACCAUCGACCUCUCCGGCAACGCCCUCCACGGUUCCGUUCCCGGCGGCUUUUGGUCCACCCCCAACCUCCUCGAUGUCAACUUCGCAGCCAACCGAUUCGGCGGAGCGCUGCGUUUCGGCCACUCGCCGACGCUUAUCAGAUCUCUUAACUUUUCCGGAAACCGAUUUAGCAGCGCCGCAGGCCUCGACACCAUGCCAAGCUUGGAGGUCCUCGACCUGUCGAGAAACAGCCUCGCCGUCGUCCCACUAGGCCUGGCGAAGCUGAGAAAUCUGAAGCAUUUGGACUUGUCGCGGAAUAACAUGAGCGGAGUUUUCCCCGAUGAAUUUCCGUUAUUUGUCGAAGGGUUCGAUUACUUAAACGUUUCGUGGAAUAAGUUGACCGGCGAGGUGCAGCCGGAGGUGGAGAAGAAGUUCGGGGUGUCGGCUUUUAUUGAGUCAGGAUCGCUUAAGUUUCUUCCCUCCGCUAGCACAGGACGACGUUCUUCCUCUUCUCCAACUGCCCCUCAGCCAUCCCACAAGAAGAAACAGAGGCGAAGCAGAGCGAGAAAAUUGGGACUCUUCGUAGCCGGAAUUGCAUCCGCUAUUGUCGUGGUUUUGGCCUCGGUGAUCUGCGUCGCGUGUGCCGUAAUAAAAAAGAGAAGGAAAAUUGAUGGAAAUAAUUGCGAGAAGAAGGAGACGGAGGCUCCACAGGAGGUCAGGUGGGUGGCGGAGGCUAUGCAGUCGGCGCCGGUGGUGCUAUUUGAAAAGCCGCUGAUGGAGCUCACGUUCGCGGACUUGGCGAAGGCCACGUCGGGCUUCGGGAAGGAAUCGCAGCUAGCAGAGGGCAGUCGGAGGGGACCUGCAUUCAGGGCGGUUCUUCCCGGCGACAUGCACUUGGUGGCUCGCGUGGAGGAAGUCGCCGGAGAUGCAGAGGAGAGUUCGGCCGCCGACUAUUUUCGUGAGAUCGCGCGCCUUCGCCACCCAAACCUUCUUCCUCUCCUCGGCUACUGCAUCCCAGGGAAGCAGAAGAUCGCGUUGUACGAAUACAUGGAAAGGGGCGACCUCCAUCGGUGGCUCCACGAGCUACCGGCGGGGCAGCCAAAUGUGGAGGACUGGAGCGGCGACACGUGGGAGCAGCCGGUCGUCGAGGACAAACGAGGGGCGGAGGUUUGCGCCUGGCCGACGAGGCACCGCAUCGCUCUCGGCGUGGCGCGGGGUUUGGCAUUCCUCCACCAGGGGUGGGUGGGCAACGCCCGAGGCGCGGCCCACGGUCACGUCGUCCUGUCGUCCAACAUCCUCCUCGGCGACGACCUCGAGCCGCGCGUGGCGGACUAUGGCGGUGGCGUUUACCGAGGCACGGCGGAGGGCGACGUGUACGACUUCGGGGUGGUAGUGAUGGAACUUGUGACGGGGAGGGACGGAUGGUCGGAGGAGGCAGUGAGCUGGGCUCGGAGUCUGGUCCGAGACGGCCGGGCGGCGGAGGCGUUGGACACGCGUCUGCGCUUGGCGAGCCGGAAGGAGGAGAAAGAGGUGGUCGAGUGCUUCCGCGUUGGCUAUCUCUGCACCGCACCGAACCCAGAGAAGCGUCCCACCAUGCAGCAAGUGGUCGGCCUCCUCAAAGACCUGCGCUGCUCCGUCUCCUCCGGCAACGGCGCCACCGCCAGCUCCAUCUCCUGAAUCAUAAAAAUCGAUUUUUUUUCCAGUAAAAAUUACAUUUUUAAUUAGCAAAAUUUAGUCGGUCUUUAUCCUCCCGUCUGUAUCAUUCUUGCAUCAAUUGUUUUUUUUUGUUUUUUUGUCUUACGUUGCCCGAGGAAGGCAGGCCACAGGGGCGGCGAGUGGUGGAAGGCGGAAAGCAGCGGGCGGUUGCUGUCGGACGACCAAUCCAAGUGGUUUCAGUAAAAGUCACUGGGAACAAAAGAAGAUAAACAAACAAACCAAAGCACAGUGCAUCAAUUUGUUGGUAUGCGAAUAGCUUGUUAAUGGCGAAGGCAUCUCCUUCCUCCCUUCUCAUGUGUAAAUUACCAUUCCCUGCUCUUUAAUUAUUUUCUCGUGUAUGGAAAAAGUAGGAUGGCCAUGCUCUUCUCUCGCCCUUUCGUCUUUUUCCUCUUUGUUUUUUGUAAGGUGCGAAGACUACUUGACGAAGCAAGUAAUAAUAUAAUAAUAAAAGAAUUUGCGCAUUUCACCAAA